UCCUCUUCAGGCACAACGGAGGUAAAAUAAGAUUAUAUUGAAAUGAUCUAUUAUCAGCUUGUGUGUGUAGCUUCAUUUUUAAAACAAAUUAAGAAAAGCUUUUUUCAUGAUUAGUUUGUAUUUUCUUUCUUUGGUGCAGGGAUCUUGAGACGAAAAAACGAUCAGAUGUGUUUAAAGAUGUAAAUGACUAACUACAUGUUGUAUAACUGUCAUAUAUAAACAUUCAGAAAUAAACAAAUGUUGGGUCGGAUGAAGUUGUCAAACUGUGGUCGCAGGAGAAGUUUUCUAACAUCAGCUGAUGAUUGGAUUGGUCAGGACAGAUGUUAACAGCAGGUCUGAACAUGGUGUUGAUCGGUGUGUCGGACUGAGAUGCUAAAUGAAAGUCUCUGGCAGCAGAUGCGUGGCUUGUUCACGACUCAGAGUCAGAACUGCUACCGGGAGCAGAUUCAGAAGGAGAUGUUGACUCGUUUGUCCUGGACGAGCCGCUACGCCACCAACUACCCGACCUGCUGCAAACUCGACACCAAGCCCAGCACGGAGGCCCCACAGCUGCCUGCAGCGCCUGCCCGGCCCCGGGCUGCCCUGCCUCCUGUUCCCAGCGCACCCAAGAAGAGGCAGAGCGACCUUCGUCCUCAUCCUCCUCCUCCUCCUCCUGUGGACGGUCGGCUCAGUGUGGCUCCCACCAUGAGGCCGGUUUCUCCACGGACCUCAAAGGCUCUUUAUCAGGACUCCUCUCAUAACGGGAAAGGUCGGCGCCUGUACCUGCAGAGACGAGGCCUGAUCCGACCUGAGGAGAAGUUUGAGUUUCCUCUGCUCUCGUCCUGGGAGUACGGAUGGAGGCUGGGUGACUACACGCUGGAUUACAGGACUCCCUGCAGAGCCAGGUCGUCGGUGGUGAGGAACACCUUCUUCACCAGGAACGGUGUGUUCAGCAGCCCGUCAGCCACCGACACGCUGGGCUGAGCCUCCGCCACUAGAGGUCGCUGCUCAGUCCCAGUUCACAGCGGCU